AUGGUCCAAAUCAAUCAACCGUCUGCCGACAAGAUCCUUGUACCAUCUUCCUCUUCGCCACCACAAGCACCUGCUCCUGCUCCUAUCCCUACAGACCCCAAGGACCUCAAGGAUAUUGAUCGUAUCCGUCUCAAGCUGAGGCCUGCCCUUCUUUACGUUGUCUCCACUGCGCAAUUCUUUGACAUCGUCAAUGGUGCAUCGGUGUCCGUGGCGAUUCUCCCGAUCGCACAAGAUCUCAAUUUCACGGUGACAGAGGUCCUUUGGAUCCUCAACGCCUACACUAUCACCUUCGCUGGUCUCCUCCUCCUCGCCGGCAGACUCGGCGAUCUCUUUGGUCACCGAAGGAUGUUCAUGUCCGGUUUGUUCUGGUUCGCCCUCUGGGCACUCGUCGUCUCAUUCUCAACAUCCCCCAUCAUGUUCAUCCUCUCCCGCGCCCUCCAGGGUAUGGGCGCUGCCUGUACCAUCCCCACAGCCAUGGCCCUCAUCGCGACCAACUACCCUGCAGGGCCUGAACGGACCAAGGCCUUUUCGAUUUUCGGAGCCUUUGGCGGUCUGGGUGCUGUCACGGGGAUCCUUCUUGCUGGUGGGUUGAUUGCCAGUAUUGGAUGGCAGUGGAUUUUCCGGAUCUCGGCCAUUGCGGCCUUUAUCCUGUUGGCGAUCAGCUUCUUUGUCAUCCCCCUGACACCCCCCAAGGCCGAGAGGCCCAAGGUUGAUUUCUUGGGUGCUUUUACGGCCACGCUCGGGGUUACUGGUAUUGUUUAUUAUAUCUCGACGGGCGUGGAGUAUGGAUGGGGGAGUGCCAAGACGGUCCCAGUGUUUGUAGUGGCGAUUGUCCUAAUGGUAUCGUUCGUGUUGAUUGAGUCCCGAGUCCACCACCCGUUGAUGCCUCUACGGAUCUGGAAAGUCAAAUCCUUCUCGACCUCAGUCGCCCUCGCGUUCGUCUCUAUGGCCAAAUUCCAAGGCGUCAUCUACUACGCCAACAUGGUUUUCCAAGAGGUCUACCAAUGGACAGCCAUCAAGACCGCCCUCGGUUUCCUAGUCCAUUCCCUCCUUGCCGUGGUUGUCUUUGGAAUCCUGGGCCGAACCUUACCACGUCUGCCAUUGAAGCCGUUGAUCAUGACAGGGUUCUUGCUCCGUUGUGUGACGGCGUUGAUGUUCUCAUUCGUCAACGAGCAUACCUCCUACUGGGCGAUCCCCUUCCCGGCGUUCAUUAUCCACAUCUUUGGAGUCGGUCUCUCCCUCCUCCCGAUCCAGAUCACUGCCGUCCGGGAUGCCGAGAACAAGGACCAAGGUCUCGUCGGUGCACUGUACAACACGGGUCUCCAACUCGGCGCACCCUUUGGAAUCGCUAUCCUGAAUGUGAUUGCAAUCUCAACGAACGGCAACAGUAACGGUGCAGUGAGAGGUGGACCGGCAUUGAUGAAGGGAUUCCGGAACGCGUUCUAUGCCAUGAUCGCCAUGGGAUUGUUCGGAUUCUUCUUGGCACUGGUCAUCCUCCCCUGGGACAAGCCUGUUCGUCCUGCGGUCAAGAAGAGCGACAAGAUCGAGGUUGAACCUUCAGAGUUGGAAAGUGGAACGAUUGAUGAGCUUGGGAGGGUGACGGAUGUGAAUGGCGUUGCGGGUGAGAAGGAGGAGGUUUUGGGUUCUGAGGUUGUUGGUGAGCCGGUAGUUGUUGCUGGUGGUGGUGGGGAUAGCGACGCGAGUACUAUUGGAAGCCUUGAUAAGUUGGGAAAGGCCUAG